CAAAGCAGUUGUCAGGCGGAUUCAAGGAUAAACUCGUUUGUUUUCUGGUUUAUUGGAUUUAUUAACAAUUAACAGGUAACGCUGAGGGAGUUUUUGGCCGAGUGAGUAACAUACUUACGUUUUGGAGGAUAUGUCAGCUUUGGUUUUGUACAUUAAUACCUGUUAUAUCCACAUGACUACAAGCCAACUGUAUAAGCAUGUGUUAAUGGACUGUCCCAGAUAUGAGAGGGGAGGGUUAGCUGAACAUGAACCUAGGGGAAUCUGCUAGACAUCAGACAAAGUAUUCAGCCUGUUGAAAUGUUCUUAAGAGUUACCAGAUUUAUAGAGAGAAUUUAGUGUUUGUUUGUUUGUUUGUUUUUCCUGCCAAACCACUGAUCCACACUCCAGCCCAGCAGGUGGAGCCAAUACACCCCAAAGAGGACGAAGAAGAAGAAGGAGGCAGCAUGUCUGCUCUGUCACUUUCCAGCAGGACUAAACUCCAGCUGAGACCUCACAACAUCCGGGUUCUUCUUCAAAAGUCAGUCAGUGUUCUUCCAAACCAAGAGUCCAGACACUGCAGCUCUGGAAGGCAGAGAAGGAGGGUUGUUAUCACUGGGAUCGGGUUAGUGUGUCCUCUGGGAACAGGCACUGCUUUACCCUGGGAGCGCUUGAUUAAAGGACAUAAUGGGAUUGUGGCUCUCUCCUCAGACCAGUACAGAACCAUCCCCUGUAAAGUGGCAGCACUGGUGCCUAGAGGAAGCGAACCGGGGGGAUUUGAGGAGGAGAAGUUUGCAUCCCGCGGGGAGAUAACCAGCAUGUCCCCGGCCACUGUGAUGGCCCUCGGAGCCGCUCAGCUGGCUCUGGAGGACUCGGGUUGGGCCCCAACGACCCCCGAGGAGCAGCUCCGCACCGGGGUGGCUGUGGGGAUGGGCAUGGUGUCUCUGGAGGAAAUCGCACGCACCGCCUCUGCUUUCCAGGAAAAAGGAUACAAGAAGGUCAGCCCCUUCUUCGUGCCUCGCAUCCUCGUCAACAUGGCCGCAGGGCACAUCAGCAUCCGGCACAAACUGAAGGGCCCCAACCACGCAGUCUCAACAGCAUGCACCACGGGAGCCCACGCCAUAGGGGAUGCAGCCAGGUUCAUCAUCCACGGAGAUGCAGAUGCAAUGGUUGCAGGGGGGACAGAAUCCUGUGUGGGGCCCCUUUCAGUAGCAGGGUUUGCCAGAGCAAGGGCCCUCGCCACCAAGUGGAACGAUGACCCACCGCAGGCGUCGAGGCCCUUUCACCCAGAGAGGGAGGGCUUUGUGAUGGGUGAGGGGGCCGCAGUGGUCCUCCUGGAGGAGAGGGAGCACGCGGUGCAGAGAGGAGCCCGGAUCUACGCUGAGAUCCUGGGGUACGGGCUCUCAGGAGACGCCAGCCACAUCACGGCCCCCACUGCUGACGGAGAUGGAGCAUUCAGGUGCAUGUCUGCGGCCCUCAGGGAUGCAGGGGUCUCUCCGGCCGACGUGACAUACGUUAAUGCUCACGCCACCUCCACGCCUCUGGGAGACGCUGCUGAAAACGCUGCCAUCAAGAAGCUGUUCCAUCAGAGCGCCGAGCGGCUGGCCGUCUCGUCCACCAAAGGGGCGACGGGGCACCUGCUGGGGGCGGCGGGGGCCCUGGAGGCGGCCUUCACGGCUCUGUCCUGCUACCACGGGGUCCUGCCCCCCACCCUGAACCUCGACCGCAAAGAGCCAGAUUUUAACCUUAACUACGUCGCCUGCAGAGCACAGAGGUGGAGCGUGGAGGGCCGCCGGGUCGCACUCACCAACUCGUUCGGGUUCGGAGGCACCAACGCCUCGCUGUGUCUCAGCAGCAUCUGAACUCAUGGAGAGAAUAAUUAUUGAUGACUUUAAUUGAAUGUAUUUUGUCCACAGGUUCCACUAAAUGGUACUGGGUUUGUCGAACUCCAUCAACUUGUAUAAUAAAAGACCAGGAAGUGUGAAUUUAGCCAAGAAAACUCACUGUCAGCUGCAUCUUCACAGACACUAUGAGAACAAUUAUUGACUUUUAUAGGAAAUUACACACAAAAAAACGGACCCCUUGAUGUUUAGUUUGUCUAAGUUAAUGAACUUGUAAAAUGAAAGACCAAGAAGUGUGUUUUGAGCCAAAUCUAAAUACAUUCUGAUCAACAAGAGAUAUUAAAGGUAUGUCACCGUGUGUCAGCAGCAGGUGAACAGACAGUAUCACUAUUAGUAUUGUUAUUGACAUAUCUUUUACAAACAUGUAUUUGUAUAUGUAGUUUGCUUAAGAAAAGAAAAAUAUGACAAAAUGAAAU